GUCUCUGAUUAUUUGUGAUCGUAUCUGGAACGAAGUCUAAUUGCUUUUGACAGCAGAAUAGAAUUAAUCAAAUUUUACACUUAUUAAGGUGGACUAUCUGAUUUGCUGUAGAUACCUCCUGCACUCUACACUAUACACAUUUCCACCAUUUUUUCAGAGCCUUAUUUCACCUUAAGCUGCUGUUAUUAUGGCGGAAAACACAACACAGAGAGAACCAAGAAGCGACAGGGCAGAUCAUCAAGUUGGAUUCAAGCAAAAGAAGUGUCUUUCUACCCGGGCCUCUAGGACAGCAGCAGUUUUGGUUGGCAUUUCCCUGGCAGCCGUUGCUGUUUUGUCAGCUUACGCAGCCGGUGCAUUUAAUUCCAAUCCAGAUUUACCGGAAAUUAUGGAAGGAGAAGCUACAUUUACAGCUGAUGACGGCAAAGGAGAGGUUUUCCAUGUCAUGAUCGAUUAUAAGAGGAAGCUCAUCCAACUAACUUCAUUGAAUGAUCUGGCAGCAUCACCGCAGUUGUUUGGAAGGCGUCUCAUGUCCUACGAAGAAAACAAUACAGCAAACGGCACGCGAAUGAAUGCAACAAAAAUCGUUAUACAGGACUACAACGCGCAAAGAAAGUAUUUUAUUGUUCCAGAGAAUGGAAAUUCAACAACAAAGUGCAUUUAUACUGAUCUUGAAGGGGACAUGAUUCCGAGGCAUUUACUGAAACACGCUACCCUUAAAUCGGAAAGCGUCGAGGGAAAUAUGUCUCAUGUCCUAUUUCAAGUUGAUAAUGACACUGAUGUGGACGUUUAUCGAGCGAGAGGGCACAAUGGAAAGAUUUACGAGAUCUAUCUGCAUCUCCCAAACGGUAGCAUUCAUAUGCGUUCUAAGGAAAAGGAACUGAACUUCACGGAUUAUAAACAACUAAACUGCUACAGGUAUAUUGAAGAGAACGACACCAUUGAGGAACCCUUCUACCAGUCAAAUGACUCGAAGCUUUAUCCUGAGGUAGAGAAUAAAAUUCAGGAAACAUCGUCCAACUUGACACAGCUAAUGAACCAAACGACAUCAUUUAACAAUGACAGCCUAGCCGAUGAAAUGUCGAUGACCUCAAGACGUCGCCGCCGUGGGAUUGGACAACGGCCGGGAGGGGGAUGGGACUGGUGGUACGGAAACUGGUGUGGGCCCUUCCAGGGUGGUUACGCAAAGUACCCAAAGAAAUCUUGUAAGAGCGUUUGCAAGACUACCACAAGCUAUGUGAACAGUGCCUGUCGUAGGUGCCUCCCGCCAAAAGACGGAUUAGAUGGCGCGUGUAUGGAGCAUGACAGAUGUAUUAUUCAUCGUGGCGGUCCUCUUCACUGCUGCCAGCCUUUUGGAAAUCCCUGCAGUUGUGACACCCCGUUAGUAUGGAGAGCCUUCUCCCAGAUGAUAUGGAAGUGCCCAUCUUGGAGCUGUCGAUCCCACGCCCUUCAAAUCUUCUUGGCAUUUUUUGGCAGGCUAUCCUGUUGGUUUUCCUUCAGGAUCUGCUUCCCUUGGUUUCGGUUUGUUUGUGGAUGCAAGUGGUGUUCGUGUCCCAGGCUUGUCAUAUACUGGAGGUGUAUUGUUUUUAAGAUGUGCGCUUACCGUGGUUCCGGAGUAAUUUGGUUCUAGAUAGGUGUUAUUCAUAGCAGAUCGAACAUUGAAAAGCAAUAGAUUGUCAACAAAAAUACAGCAUU